CAACUAAACAAUUAAAGAAAUAGAAAAAGGAAACCAGCUUCCGCCUUCGCAAUAGAUUCUCUGGUAGAUUCUCUUCUUUGUUUAUUCCUAUUCAAUUAUUCCGCCUCAAACUUCACAUUGGCAAAUUCUUCGAUCGGCUCUCAAGUGCUCAUUUCUCCAAACAAUUAUUGGCAAAGAAAAUCCUUACAUAAUCUUCGACCUCAGACCCACAAACCAUGACAACCCCAAACGGUGAAUGUUCUGUGGAGAGCAAAAGUUCUCUCGCUGCACUUGCUCCUCUUCAAGCAGUGCUAUUUGAUGUAGAUGGAACUUUAUGUGAUUCAGAUCCGCUUCACUAUUAUGCCUUCCGAGAAAUGCUUCAAGAGAUUGGUUUUAAUGGAGGAGUUCCAAUUCCUGAGGAAUUCUUUGUCGAGAAUAUUGCUGGCAAGCAUAAUGAUGAUAUUGCUGCAUCACUCUUCCCUGAUGAUGUUCAACGGGGCUUGAAGUUCGUAGAUGAUAAGGAAGCUAUGUUUCGGAGAUUGGCUGAAGAACAAUUGAAGCCGGUGGAUGGCCUAUAUAAAGUGAAAAAAUGGAUUGAAGAUCGGGGGUUGAAACGGGCUGCAGUUACCAAUGCUCCAAGACCAAAUGCUGAACUCAUGAUUUCAAAGCUUGGUCUGUCAGAUUUCUUUGAUGCUCUCAUUAUUGGAGGUGAAUGCAAGCAUGCCAAGCCAUACCCAGAUCCCUACUUGAAGGCUCUUGAAAUACUAAAUGUAUCAAAGGAUCACACUUUUGUAUUCGAGGAUUCUGUUUCAGGAAUUAAGGCCGGAGUGGCAGCUGGGAUGCCGGUUGUUGGUCUAACUACCAGAAAUCCCGAACACUCUCUGUUGGAAGCAAAGCCUGCCUUCCUUGUCAAGGAUUACGAAGACCCAAAAUUAUGGGCAGCUCUUGAAGAACUUGAUAAGAAAUGAGGUACUUCUACAGUUUCAUCUUCAAAUAUUCAUAAAAGCCCUUGCAAAACCCUAAAUAAUUAUGUUGUAGAUGAGCCCUUUGGUCCUCCACCUUUAGCCGCUUUAACUGCAAUUGAUACAUUAUUGUUCGUUCAAUGAUAAAUUUACAGUAACUUUUGACCUUAA